AUGAAGGGCGGAGCGCUGCUGGCCUUGCUGGUGGCGUUGGGGAUUGGGGUGGGCGUCUACUACUUCCGGACGCACGUGUUAGAGGACUCGGCGUGGGAGCACACGCUCGAGCUCGACAGCUCAUCAAUUCGUCUCAAGCGCAACCCUGCAAAUGGCGGCAUAUUCGAAAUCUAUGGCAAGGACCACCUUGAUUACGCCCGCGCCUUGGGUUACGUGCACGCCAAGGACAGGCUGGUGCAGAUGGAGCUGCAGCGCCUGGCCGGUCAGGGUCGGCUGAGCGAGGCACUCAAGAGCGACGUCGGGUUAAUUGCCGUGGACACCUACUUCAGGUCCCUCAAGUACGUUGGCGUUCUGCUGCUGCUGCUGCUGCUGCUGCUGCUGCUCGCUUUUGUGCAGGACGCACGCGAGGCGGUGCCGAAGUUGGCUGCCGACGCAAAGGCGUUCCUCGAUGCCUACUGUCGUGGCGUGAAUUUCUACCUCGAUGAACACAGCAACUUUUGGGAGCAGCCGAUAGAUGGAGUGUCGAUGGACGCUCUGCGCGCCAUCUUCCCGACUCAGCUCAAGAACGUGGAGACCGAAGUUGUGGACUGCAUCAAGGAAGCCGACCUACAGAUCCCGACCAUUCCAGUGGAAGUCAAGUUCGCGCCAUACAUUCCGGCGUUCAAGGCGAGCAACAACUGGGUCAUUGGUCCCCAGCUCACCAAGUCUGGUUCUCCCCUGCAGUGCUACGACCCGCAUCUGGAUAUCGCUCGCCUUCCUGCGAUUUGGUAUGAGUUUGUGUUCCACUACGAGACUCCGGCGAAGCGAUACCUGAUGGGUGUGUCAGUUCCCGGCAUGCCAGGCAUCUUCUUUGGGCGAAAUAACGACGUGACCUUCGGAGUGACCUACGGCUUCAUGGACCAGAUCGAUUUCUUCUUCGAGAGGGUCCAGAACGGCAAGUACCUGCGCGAGGUGGAAACCACCGAUGAGCAGGGCAAUAAGGUGGUGCGCCAAGAGUGGCACGAAUUCCAGGUGAGGAAGGAAAUCCUCAAGCAAAAGGAGGGCGCCGAUGUCGAGCUUGUCUUCUACGAAAACGACAACGGCGUUAUCGAGAGGAAGUCGUACACGGGUCCGCUGCCCGAUGGACUGCACUUGACCAGGAAGUGGGCUUGGCGUGAGUUCGAGGCGAGCGACACCUCCGUCCUAUACCCUCCGCCGUCGGACAUCAAGACCGUUGCUGAGUUCCACGACAUCGCUCGUAACGUGCCGCUCUCAGCUAACUGGCUGAACGCGGACAGACAAGGCAAUAUCGGCUACCAGCAAAGCGGCCGCUUGCCUGCACGGGAUCCUUCUGUCAACUCGGCUCUUCCGCUUCUUGGAUGGAAGGCCUCGCACAGAUGGAACGGCUCGGUUGACACCAAUCAGCUGCUCCAGGUCAUCAAUCCUGCCAAGGGGUAUCUGGCCACGGCCAAUGACGACCUGCAGAACCCGGCACCUGGUGCGCCCAAGGCGAUCAACUACCACAUGGGCUUUUAUCGCGUGUCGAGGAUCAACGAGUUGAUCGAGAACAAGGGCAAAGACCACCUUGAGACUCCCGACAACGGCAAGCCGACUUGGGACGAAGAAGACAUGAAGCGAUUCCAGCUCGACGUCUACUCCAAGCAGGGCGAGUACUACAUGGAGCUGCUCGCGCCCAUCCUCAAGGCGAAGCCCAACUGCACGAGCUGCAGGACGCUGCUCGAGUGGGACGGCCGCUUCUCGACGGACAGCGUCGGGGCGACCGUGUUCACCCAAUUCCGUGAGGCCCUGCUGGACAAGCUCUUCGGCGAGAACGUGUUCGCCAAGGACGUGUGGAUGCACAUGACCCGCGAGUCGGGCGUCAUGCUCGUGUUCCAGUGGUACUUCGACCGCGUCCUCCUGUGGGACAUCUUCGAGCGCGAGGGCAUCAAGAACGCCUUUUUCGACUUCACCGAGGACAACGCCUACAUCCGCUACCUGUGGAACGAGUUCCUGGCCGAUCACGAGGACGCCACCACCGGCAAGCCGGGCCGCGAGGGCAAGGACGCAGCGGCGCAAGCGCGCAGGUCCCAGCUUCUGGAGCGCGUGGUCGACGAGUACCUGGUGCCGCGCAACGUGACGCGGGAACGGACCUAUGGAUCGGAUCACGCCAUGAUGAUGAAGAACAUCUUCUUCGACGGCAAGCUGCCCGGCUCGGUCGCCCUCGGCCUGGACGUCGGCCCCGUUCCCCUUGCGGGCUCCGGCUCGACCGUCAACCAGGGCUCGCUCUUCCGCGAGCAGGGACGCGAGCAGAGCUUCUGUCCGUCGUACCGCUUCAUCACCGAUCUCGCUCAGGACUGGGCCUACACCGCUAUUCCCGGUGCCAUCUCCGGUCGGCGGUUCUCGGGCCUCUACAUGGACUUCUCCUUCUUCCGCGGGCUCUACAAGAAGGUCUCAGCUGCGUAA